UAUUUGAAUAUUGAUGGUCCCUUCACGCUGCUCCCGCGGCAGCCACAUUGUAGCGUCUGUUUGUUGCCUUGUCUGUUAUUGUCUGGGGGUUUUCGCCUUUGAAGCGAGAUGUCGUCGCUUUUUAAACCGUUUUCGUUUAAAGAUCCGCACAAGGAUGGCGGUGAUGCAACUGAACAUCCUCCGUUUCAUCAUCCUCCGUCUCAGCUGCUGGCUGCUGCUACGGGGCUGGGCUCUCUGCCGCUCUACCAGCGCUCAUACGCGGCUAGAAGAAACCUGGCUGCCGCUGCUGUCGGUGGGAGGAAAAUUACACAUCCUGGAAAGGCCAUCCUUGCAGGUGGCCUUGCUGGGGCAAUAGAAAUCUGCAUCACAUUCCCCACAGAAUACGUGAAGACCCAGCUGCAGCUGGAUGAGAGAGCCAACCCACCUCGGUACAGGGGCAUUGGCGACUGUGUGAAGCUGACCGUGCAGGACCAUGGGCUCAGAGGGUUGUAUCGAGGGCUCAGCUCUUUACUUUAUGGAUCAAUACCCAAGUCUGCAGUCAGAUUUGGCACAUUUGAGAUGCUCAGUAACCCUAUGCGUGACUCCACGGGUCGUUUGGAUAACACAAGAAGUCUUGUGUGUGGGUUAGGAGCAGGCAUAGCAGAGGCCAUUUUAGUGGUUUGCCCGAUGGAGACACUCAAGGUGAAGUUAAUCCAUGAUCAGUGCUCGCUUAGACCUCGAUACAGAGGAUUUUUCCAUGGAGUUAGUGAAAUUAUAAGAGAGCAAGGAGUAAGAGGUACGUAUCAAGGUCUAACUGCAACUGUGCUUAAGCAAGGAACAAAUCAGGCUAUACGAUUUUAUGUGAUGACUUCUUUGCGUAACUGGUACAAAGGUGAUGAUCCCAGAAAAGAAAUGCACCCUAUAGUCACUGCAAUGUUUGGAGCAACAGCUGGAGCAGUCAGUGUUUUUGGAAACACUCCUCUAGAUGUAGUGAAGACAAGAAUGCAGGGUUUGGAAGCACAUAGAUACAAAAAUACAUUUGACUGUGCCUUCCAAAUCAUGAAGCAUGAAGGGCCACAGGCCUUCUACAAGGGGACAGUGCCAAGGCUGGGUCGUGUGUGCCUGGAUGUGGCCAUAGUAUUUGUCAUUUAUGAAGAGGUUGUCAAACUACUCAACAAUGUCUGGAAGACCCAACAGUAAACCAAGCACACAGUGAGGGAAGCAGUGCCUCGUACAACUCAGCACCUCUAUAGAUGCCCAAAAGGGACAAAUGACCAUAUUUAACAAGUCACAGAUGCAGCAAGAGCCCAUAAACAUGAUUUGAAAAGACAGUAAACCUUAGCUAUUCAUCCCUAUUAUGAUGAUGAACCUGGUACUUUGGCAGAAAAAAAAUAAAGAUACGGACCGAGGUAGUGGAUACAAAACCAAACAUAGUCUAAUGUUCAAAACUGUUUUUACCAAAGGACGAGAGGAUGCUGAAGGCAAUGGAAGUUCAAAAAAUACUUUUCUGACUGUUCUUAUUACCUUUAUUACUAAAUGCCUACUCAAUGCCAUUAACUCUAAGACUACUGGACUACUCUGUUGCUUUUUCUGUCCAACAUGCUCUUCUCUCAGUACAUGAACACAUCUGUGCUUAUAUGCAUGUGGUGUCAUCACGGUAGCAUUUACAGUAUCCGUGCUGUGGCUGUGUUGAUGAACAUUAGAUGCUCUUCAUUGUAUGUUUCAUGGCUGCUAUAAUUGCUGCAUGGUUUUAAUGUGGCACUUAACUGUUAUACAUGAAUUUCUCCAAUUGCACUGAUGUGAUGAAGUGAUCUAUUACAAGCUCUAGCUAAUCAGAAUGUGUUCCAAGUCACUUCAGACUUCUAUGUUUACCAUGUUUUAUUAGUACAAUAGUAGCACAAU